CCGGUGCCUCAUCAAUCGAGCUCGCCAGCGCCUUCGUCGCCGCCGCUCCGCCGCCGCGGCUGCAGGCCGGCGGCGGCAGCGCAUCCCCGCCGCCCGCGCCGAGCUCGCAGCAGGGCGUGGGAGGGCGCGGGUUGGUGACGCCGCCGCUGAGCGAGUGGCCGGCCGCGACGCCUCUCUCCUCGCCGCGCGGUGGCGGCACGCCCACGCAACGGGGGGCCACCCCUUCCUCCCGCGCCACGCCGGUCCCUCCCGCCUUCUCGCCGCUCUCCUCGCCGCUGGCGCGGAGGGCCAACGGAGGCGGCGGCGGAGGCGGCGGCGGAGGCGGCGGCGGAGGCGGCGGCGGAGGCGGCGGAGGCAGCGGAAGCGGAGGCGGAGGCGGUGGAGGCGGCGGAGGCGGCGGAGGCGGCGUCGGGGGGGCGGGGGAGGAGGCGAGGCGAGGCGCGGCGUUGCCGCCGCCGAUGGGGAUCGCUGGCCAUGCGAGCCCGAGUCCUCGGCAGCAGAGACUCGUCCGGCGCGCCGGUGCUCGGCUUCCCCGAAAGUACGAGGCGGCGCGCGCCUUUGUCGGCGACGCGUCCGACGGGCACGGCGGCGGGAUCGCGUGGUCGGAGGCGGACGUGAGCGACUCUGACCGGCUGCUGCUGUACGCGCUGCAGCGGCAGGCGGAGGACGGCCAGUGCACGGCCGGCUCGCCGUCGUACUGGGGCAGCGAGCGCGCGAAGUGGAAGGCGUGGCGCGAGUUGGGCAGCAUGAGCCAGAUCGAGGCGAUGGUUCACUAUGCGCGGGCGGUCGAGGAGCUCGCGCCGCGCUGGUCGGCGGUCAGCGGCUGCGCGACUCCUGCGGCGCCAUCGCGAGCCGCGCCGUCGCUUGCGCCGUCGCCCGCGCCGUCGCCGGCGCUCGAGCAGAGCGAUGUAGCGGAGCUGGCAUGGCGCAUCCGCGCAAUCAUGGCGCAGCACGCCGAGGACUGCAAGCGGAUGACGCCGCACUACGCGGCGCGCUACGCCAAGCGUUCGCUCGACGCGCUGCAGGCCGCCGGCCCGCCCACGCCAGACAGACCCCGCACCCCGUCCGCAGCCUCGUGUCCCGCCGAGUCGAUCGCCUCGCCGGCGCCGUCCGUCGCUCGGCCGACCCCGGGGCGAGGAGGAGGGAGGACACCGGCGGCGGCGGCGCUUGCGGGCGGCGGUGGCGCCGCUCCCUACGCGCCGCCGCACCGCUCCCCCUUCGGAGUCGCGCCGUCUCGGGCCGGCAGCUCGCAGCGCCCCCCCACCUCGCUGGCCGAGGGCGGCGGGACGCCGAUGAGAGUGGUGUGAGAUGUGGGAAACUUUGUCGCAUGGGUGGGCACGUGCAGUCGGUGCCGUUGCGCGUCGCUCAAUCAGCUAGAGGACAACAUCAUGUUCAAGAGAGGGGUUAGUAAGGACUAAGGUGAGCACGGCGCUUGAGCGUUAUUGUGCAGACGG